AUGAAGCGGCAGCAGGAUCCUGACUCACUGCCUCCAAAAAGACAAGCCAUUUAUGACAUGCGCUUCGGAAACGUGAGUUACUGUAAUGACUGAAGAUAGAUUUUUAUGUUGUUAGUCCAAAGAUGCAUAGCAUACACUUAACAUCAAUCAUUUGAAAACUAAAUUGUAGUGAAAGUCGCAACAUGUGAAAAAAUUUACGUCCACUGGAAUUGUUUCGACAUAUUGUGUUAGUCACUUGAUUUCAGAGAGAACCGACUCCCGAAAGUGAGUCACCGAGUCCGUGUGCUCAAUCACCGGAGCCAACUGAAGGAACCACAAUGGGAGACCAAAAAUAUGAUGUGAAGAAUUCGUCGGAGCCAGGUAGACGUGGUCGUGUUGUCGUCGUAUUGUCUCAUUUACAUUUCAGUAGCGAAAUGGCCAUUUCCAAAAACCAGGAAAGGGCAAAAACGCACUGAUCCUUGUAUGGCUUCAUUAUUCUAAGCGUCUGUAAAAGAGAUUAAUUUCAGUUCCGAAUGGCCUUCCCCAUGCAAACCGCUACGGAGCAAUUAAGCCACGUCCGCUUCCAGAAGGUCGGUUUUUGUACUUGUUUUUUUAUCUCUUUCUCAAGAAUCAUUUCCAGAAAGUCCAAUCGAGCUAAAACCGGCUCCGGUGGAUGCGUCAUGGCGUCAAACUCAUGAAGAAUGGCUUGUGGAGCAGAACAAAAAAGUGUACGAGAUGAGUAUGGAGAUGGAGAGAAAACAAGUGGCUGAGCGGGAGGAAUCGGAAGAAACUCCCAAGACGAAGAAAAAUAGGAACAUCAAGAACCUGAAACUCAAAGUCAGAAUGGAGGAUGUUGAGGACGAAAUGCACGAAACAUCGAGCAGCCACGCUUCGCAUCGUUCCUGA